AUGGCUCCACAUCUCCUCCUUGUCCUGCACAUCCUUUUCUUCCUCGCUGGACUUUCAGAUACACAGAGUGUGUCCACAGUGAGUCAUGUGUCUGUAAAGCAAAGAGGCUCCAUGACCAUCCCAUGUCUCUAUGAUCUGAGAUAUAGAAACCAUGUGAAAUACGGGUGUAGGGGAUAUAAUUGGUUUGGUUGCUCUACUGUAGUACACACUGACCAUCCCAAGACCAGUGGAAAGACUUCAGUCUCUGAUGACAUCAACCAGCGAGUCUUCACUGUGACCAUGACAAGUCUUAGUCCUAGUGAUUCUGAUUAUUACUGGUGUAUUGUGGAGAGGAAGAAGGAGGCAGGUGAUGGGGAUAGACUGCAGAUAUCUGUUACUCCAGAUACUCCAGGACUGUAUGUGGAUCAACAAGAAGUGACUGGAGUUGAAGGACAGAAUGUCACUGUGCAAUGUUACUAUAGUGAAGCUGGAGCCAGAGGGAGGUGGUGCAGGAUGGGUGGGAAAUGUCUGCUGAAUUCUGGAACUCUAGAUGGAACAUCAGUGACAUUACACCAGCAGACCAAUAUUGUCACCAAUGGCAAUGUUUUAACGGUGACUAUGAGUGCACUGAGGAUGGUGGACUCUGGCUGGUACAGGUGUGCAAAUGGAUACUAUCAGAUGCCUGUUCAUAUCACUGUCAACCAGCAAACCACAAAGCAAAAUACUACCACCUUCAGUAAGUACUGA